ACUAGAGGUACCAAAUCUCGCGAGAUCGCGCGCGCCUUCCUGCCCUUCACAGAGGCCAAGAUGGCGACGGCCACUCGCCUUAUCCAGCGCCUCCGCAAUUUCUUGGCUGGGCGGGAUCUCCAGGCGAAGCUGGCGCUGCGCUACACGGAGAUCUCCAAGAGAAGCCAGCCGCCGCCUCGGCUCCCGGUGGGCCCCAGUCACAAGCUGGCCGGGAACUAUUACUGCAGCCGAGAUGGACGGCGGGAGGCUCUGCCGCCCAUCGUGGUGGUGGCGGGGCAGAAGACACUGGCUGCGGGGACACAGGCUGGUGGUUCAGGCUCUGCAGUGACAAUAGCUGAGAAGAAACCGGUGACACCCGGACCAGCACUGAAGAAGUGGGAGAUUUCAAAAGACCAGCCGUAUUUGUGAGAAAUAAAAGUGGUGGGGCUGGGUGCGCAGGUCACAGUCCGUUAUGCGGUGGCGCUCUAAUGGGGAGGCUUCUGGUGCAUUUCGGAACAGCAGUGCUGCAUGGACCUUGUCCCAUUGCUGUGGUGCACGUCUAAUAAAUAUAUUUAAAGUUGUGAA